AUGCCCUCUGAGACCAAUGAGCAUCAGUUUCUUGAUAAGCUGUCCUACAGGCUUGAACAGCCAGUCCAGCAUCAACUGUCGAAAUGGGAGGCUGAACUGACGGCGGGUAAGCUCGAGGACGAAGCAAACUACAUUACCCGCAACUUCGACUGCCUGCCAGAUGCCGUUCCGAACGUCAUUCCAAAUUCCACGCAUAGUUCCGCGCAGAAUGCCAUGCAGAGCGCCAUGAAGAAUGCGGUGCAGACUGCCCGGCCCUGGGACCCGACCAAUAUCUCGAGCCAAGACGUAAGCUGGUCUUCAGAAGACUUCACUCACCAGAUGCAGCCCGGUACCCAGCACGGCACCCAGAACGGCAGCCUCCAUAUGGGUACGGAAACGCUGCACAACAUGCCGCAGACCCCCACCCACUACACCCAUUACCACGCGGCCAGCAUGAUGACUCCCCAGCCCACCCCUGGGUUCUCAGUCUCCAACAUGGGAACUCCUCCGGGAGCCGCCAUCCCAUUUGGGGAAUACCUCUGCGACAAUAUCACAGGGGCCAAUGCACAUUUUCUGCAGACACCCAGGGGGCGUCUAGUCUCCAACAAGCUCCCGAGGACGCCACCAAACCCGAAGCGCAGCAUCAGCCCUGAGAGCCCAGUUAUGUCGGUGGUGACCAAUGCCAGUCCGAGCCAACCCAUAGUGGGCAACUCCACCCCACCUACGUCGCAGCCGAUGGUUAAGAAGACGCGCACCGAAUCCGUUCCCAUCGACAACGACAGCACUUGUCUCCAGCCGGUGCAACACCAAAAUCUCCAUGUUUCGUUCUUGAUGGAGCCAGGCGAGAGCUACCAAGAUCCGGAAGUGGAACGACACAUGAAACUCGUUUUCAGCGCACCGCGUCGACGCACCAAGUCAGUGAACCUGGGAAGCCCAGCAGAAACGGCUGAUCACAGAAACAUGAAGGGACGUCCAGAUAGCAAUGAAGCGGCGUCUGCCGACGGUUUUAUGUUCGCAUCGUUCGAUGAUUGCAGGGCAGCUCUGUCACAGACCUGUAAGCUGUACCACAGGCCAGCCAAGGAGUGUACGAGCCCGAACAACGACGCGACUUUUCCUAAAAACGAAAAGGAGAAGAGGGCACUGGCGCACCUCAUAUUUCGAUCCAUGACAGACUGGAGCAAUUACAUUGAGUGGAUGCAGGUGGCGCCCAAAGAGGUACGAGAUAUACACUCGGAUAUUCUGCUAGAUCGGAUGAAGAACCGCGAAGAGGCCAACCAGGCAGCCAGAAGGGAAGCCGUGAUUUCUGGCAGGACCAACAACGGCAGGCCAAGCGCCAACGCCGAUGAAAACGCCAACGUGGCUGAAGUGAAGAGCAUGAAUAUGCUCUACCUCCGCGAUCUCAUUCCACCCGGUCACAUCCGCGAGCAGAACUACAUGCGGGACCUGCCACAUCAGCACCACGUCGUGCUAGGAAGGGUGAUGAAUUCGUUCGCGGCAUCCAGCAUUUCGUGGCUCCUGGAGAGCCACAGGUCGCUGUUUGAAAGGGUCGACACUAUUGCUGCGGUGCUGCGCUUCUCCAAGCAGCUACUCAAGUCGGCCAUGACGUUUGGCGACGGGUGGAUUCAGAGGCUGGCCAACAAUCCUGGGGCUGAGCUGAAUGGGAAGCUGGACAAUAUGAGGUGUAACCUUAGGAAGAGUAAGAGGAAUGCGGGAGAUGGUGGCUCCGGUAAUUCCGGUGCCAAAACUAGCACGAGGGCUGGUACCAGUGGUCCUCGCCCUGGUCCCAGACCUAGCUCUAACACUGGUGCCGCCAGCUCUGGUUCUGACUCUAGAUUUGGUGCUAUCGGUGCUGUGCUUGACGGUGUUGUAAGUGCUAGGGAUCUCACCGAGGACGUUGGGGACGAUGGAGGUGAUCUUCCUGACUUUGACGAGAUGGAUUGGAAAAGGGUCAGUGAGUGA